AUGGGUGCCAGUGGUCAUGGGUGCCAGUGGCUAUGGGUGCCAGUGGCUAUGGGUGCCAGUACAUCCAGCCAGCCACCAGGACAACCGCACUCAAUCUGGGAGAGAGCUCAACCCUUGCCCUCAGUCCCGGGGUUCACGGAGGGUGUGGCCAACCAGACUGUGGUGGUGGGGAGGGACGGCGCUCUCAGGUGUUCCGUAGAGAACCUUGGUAAUUAUAAGAUCGCGUGGAUGAAGUCAGACACACAGACUCUCCUCAGCAUCUCCAACACGAUGAUCUCCCGCAACUACCGCAUCAGGGUGAGCCACAGCGACAACAGCACCUGGUUCCUGCACCUGGACACCGUGAUCCUGGCUGACCGUGGCUACUACCUCUGUCAGAUCAACACUGUCCCCCCUAUCUCCAGGCAGGGUUAUCUGGAGGUCGUAGUGCCGCCUAAUAUCCUGGACGAGGAGACAAGUACAGACGUAGAAGUACAAGAGGAUGACCAGGCGGUGUUACGGUGUGGUGCUGAGGGUUACCCAGCCCCUGAGAUCCGCUUCAAGAGAGAGGACGGCGUUGGGAUUCGCUAUGCCGCCAAUGGUAUCAGCGGUGCCGUAGCGUCGAGCGUGACGGAGAGCCUAGGAGGGGUGGAGAAGACGGUAGGGUUGUUAUCCUUCGAGACGGUGACGAGGGCGGACAUGGGUCACUACCUGUGCAUCGCCAACAACUCCGUGCCGCCCUCCGUCAGCAAGAGAAUGGUGCUCAACGUGAGAUACCGUGAGCCGGCGGUGUACGUGAGUCAUCAGAUGAUAGGAGUGUACAGGGGUGAUGACGUGGCCAUCAACUGCACGGUGACGGCCUAUCCCAGACCCGUGGUGUUCUGGCAGGAUAGUAUGGGCAAGAUGAUCAUUUCUGGUGGGAGGUACCAGGUGGUUGAGAGCCAGCUGGGAGAGAGCCCACCUAAGCUUCAAACGACUCUCAUUAUCAGGGGACUGCGGGUUGAGGACAUUACUACCUACAGGUGUAACGCUUCUAUCGACAAUGACAAGACCAGGGAGAAGAGCUUGGCUGUCCAACUUAAUGAAUCAUCUUACUCACAAGACAUUUACUACAAAGUUGCUCGUCACCCGAAGAACCUACAGAAGUCUCUCACCAAGCAGAACCACAACGAGAUCGGCGACCGCUACCAGAAGCCCACUAACUUUAUCCCCGGCAACCUCCAAGAUAUCUUCCUUCACCCGAGUCUUGGCCACGUUAACUACGACGAAACCUCCAACGCCUCCCGCAGCAGCCACUCACAUACCAGCAUCAGAUUAGUCUUCGCUUUGAUUGGCCUGUGGAGUUUCCCUCUAGUUGUUUGGGGACGUACAUGAUUUUUUUUAGGGGGGCCCCGUGUGGUGUGUUUUGUUGACAGAGUUUACUAGUAAUAUAUUAAGGUAUAUUAGAUUGUGGUGGUUUUACUGAGAGGAGUGUGUGUGUGUGUGUGUGUGUUCAUUGCCACAGUAGCCGCAGUGGUGGAUUGUGGUAGUG